AAUGAAAUAAUUAAAGUAAUAUUAGACUGAAAGUUUAGCUAAGAUGGGCAGAGAAAAUAUUAAAGACAAACUUAAAUAUUUGAUACCCAAUUAUAAUAACUAGAAACAAAUUAUUAACAAAGAAAAGCAAUUGACUUAAAGUUCAAUCAAUACUCGUAAUAACUCAAAAACUAGUUUGUAAAUAAAAGAGAACAAUUAGAUGAAUCUCAAAAUAGUAAGUAAAAAAUGGCUACUAAAGAAAAGGUAGUUAUAAUAACAGCUUCCUCAAUUGGAUCGACCUUAGUUAAUUAUAAAACCUUAGAUUAUACUAAAAUUAUUUGUUAAUUGCUAAAAAAGAUAAAAACAUUGA